CAUGUGGGCGGGAAAAUGUCGCUGCGUCUCUACUUGUGUCUUUUCGGCAGCUCUGAACACACGCGGAGCAGCAGCGACGUGGAGAAAACUAGCCGCCGGAGGAGCCGAGCCCAGCAGCCGCCGGAGCAGCGCAGUAACCCGGGCGGAGCUAUACUCAGUCUACGGUCAGGAACUAGGGGCAGAAACUGGGCUGGGGUCAGAUACAGAAGAAUGAGACAGCCCUCUCAUCGGAGGGGCCGAAAACAUGAACGGGGCCGUGUACAUUUCGUUUUUCCAGGGACAACUGGAGUCUGUUCUGGAGCAGGUCGUUCAGCUCGCCGUCCAGGAAAUAAGCAAGUCGGUGGGCUCCAGCCUAAACGCCCUACUGCUGGAGACAGCCGCGAAAGAGAAGGAAAACCAUCGGCUCCGACUACAGCUACAGGCACGGGAGAACAGCGGACGAGCCUCUUCGGACGACGGAGGCUCUGCGGUGGUUUGCAAAAACAGGGCUGCUGACGGGCGAGGGGACGUCGGCAGGACAAAGCCUGAGCAGCAGCCACGCGGUCUCGGAGCGCAGAGCAGCGAACCCACGUUCCCCAUCGACACCCGCCGCCUGGAGCAGAGAGGAAGAGCCGUGGAUCAGCUGAAAUCCGUAAUGGAGCAGGUUCUGAACUUUGCUGUGCGUGAGCUGACAAAGAUUGUGGAGGCGUCAUUUGAUGACCUCCUGCUGGAAAUCACUAAGAUGGAGAAGGAGCACAAGGUGCUGGAGGAGCGGAUGGGGAGGAGCAAUGAUCGAGGGGGAGGAGACAAGGGAAAAGGGGGAGGAGGGAGAAGGAGGGGCUCCGAGAACGAUUCAGUAUCGCCAAGUGGAUCUGAGGAUACUCGAGAGGAGCUGGCCGAGGAGUCCAAAGACACUGCGCCCACAGGAGACCCAAAGCAAACCCCCAUCCUCUCUGUCACUCAGGACUGGGUUCCCAUUCUGGACAAAGUCUUUGGUCAGAAGUGGUGCAGUGAUGUCUGGCAGAUAAACAAGCCGAGCGAAGGAGGUGGCAGCAGCAGCAGCAGCGGUGGUGGUGGUGGUAGUGGGCGGAGCCUGAAUGAAGGAGGGGUACACCACUCUGACCUUGUGUCUGCCCCCUCAAUGAUCAUGCAGCCCUCCCCCUCCUCUCCCCAGCAGGAUCCACGCUGGACUCCUUUGGAGGACAUGGAAGUGUUUUCUCCUGACAAUGAUGAUGCUGCAAACGUUCAGUCGAAUGCCACUGUGCUGCCACCUGGACCUUCACCUGGACCCCCCACCAGCCCCUCAGGUCGGCGCUCCUCUGCCUCCAUGCUUCAUCGCUUGCUCACGCUGCCGUCUCAGCUCCUUGAUGAUGAUGAUGAGGAGGCCGCUGCGAGGGACACUCUGCUCGCUCUGGCGACCAAUGGUGGCACUGAACAGCGGGAUGAGCCGGAACCUCCUGGCAGGAGCAGCAGAGAAGAGGAGGAGGAGGAGGAGGAGGAAGAGGAGGGGGAAGGGGACAAAGGGAGGAAGCAGAAGAAGCGACGCCGGGUCUGGUCUGAGUGUGAGGAGUGUGGUCGGAGGUUCAGUCGGAUGUCGCUCCUGAAAGCUCACCGUCAGACGCACGUCGCUGGAGACUCCGCCUCCGCGGACAUGUCGUCGCCCCCAUCUCCACUAGCCAGCACUGCCGCACCGCUGCGCUGCCCUGAGUGCGGCAAGAGGUUCCCCUCAAACACUCGCCUCUACAGCCACAUCCGGACUCAGCACCCAGAAAACCAGUCCUGAUCCAGGAGCACCACCCAACGGCACGCCCUCACUCUGGAAGGCCGAUAGGAUCCGUUUAUGCAACAGACGAGGUAACAAAAGUUUUCCUGCUCAGAACUGGAUCAAGAGUUCUGGUUCUCAGGUGGAAACUGGAUCUGCGCAAACAUGUGAAAGCCAAGUUCACUUACAGACCAAAUCUGUUAAUGGAUCAGAUCCCCAGGUCCAAACCUGCAGAGGUGUGUUACUGAGCUGCAGGUGUUCAUCAGUGAAAGGCUGAAGAUCAAAGCUUCUUAUUGACAGGACAGUUGUAGUCUGAAAUAAACUUCUCACAAACUUACCCAAAAUAAGGAAAACAACUUCAAAGAAUUUUGUAUCAUGAAACUAAAAAGCUCAGAAGGAUUUGUGAUUGGAUUCUGAACUGUGAGGUUUGGGGAAAAAAAUCCAACUGAAACCUAAUUUGGUCAAAAUAAAACUCCGACGUGAAGAUGUUCCUUAACAUUCGCUGGUUCCUGUCCGGUCUCAGCGUGUGAGAAAAUGUUAUAAAGAGUACAGAUACUUUGAUGGCCCUGAUCCAUCUUUCUGGGAAUGAACCAGAACCCGGAAGAGAGACGAGCUGGACCCAGAAACCUGUAGCUCCUGAUGAAGAGGUGUUCCCAUGGAGGAGAUGAAGAGAGGACCUCCUCCUUCUGCUUGUGUUAAACAGUCCAUUAGUUCUGACUCUGAUGUUUUUGCAAUAAGCUCUUUGGUUCUGUUCAACAUGGAUGGUUGUACAGGAAGUGACCUGCUUGGUUUUAGAAGUGCCCUUUUUUAUUUAUGGAACAUAUUUUUCUCAUUUCUGUUCUUUUUUGGGUCAUCAGGGUACUUUCUGGCAUCGCAUUUUCUCAAAAUGUCCGGAACCAGAACCUGGUGACAUCGUUGGUUUGGAUUUUUUUUUUCUUUUUAAUUGUCCUCCUUGUCGAUCUGCCAUUUUGGGUCAGAAAGGUCAUGCUCAUGUGAAUUCACGUUCUGACAGAUGAAUUCAACUGGAAGCUAAUUUCUGCAAGAAAAACGGGCCGAGGGUGGACUGUUCAUCAGAGCCCGAUGUUUGUGGGUCGUUGGGUUCUGAUGAAGUUUUAAUGAUUCAACCUUAAAGAGGAACAAGGUGGGAGUCUGUUUUUAUUCAAUAAUUCCAACAAAGCACAAUAGUUAAACCAACAGAUCACAAACAACCCGAGUCGCAGAAAAGUGAUGUCUGAUCCAGGUUCUCCAGCUCCAUCACCCUGCAUCAUUUAGAGGGUCCUCUGCUCCAACUCACCUGAUUUUAAUAGUAGGUGACCUGUUGAACAGACAGGGGCGUUUCUGGGGGUGUCCUGAGUGGGCCAACACAACCCCAACAGCAGGCUUAAUGAGUACUGAGUGAUAAUUUACCCCAGCAACCUGCAGCCCUUACAGUCCAACGUGCUGUUCUCCCUCCUAGCCACUGGAAUAAAAAUUUAAAGCCCUAACUGCUACAGAACCUUUUGAUAACCGACAAUAGUUUUUGCUAAAUUUCUAUGGAAGGGGAUUAGGGCCACAUAAAAUUUUCUAUUUUUCAGUUUUUCUCAGAACGCCAAGAAUAAAAUCAGGAUUUAUUUUUUUUAAUCACAUUAGUCAGAAAUCUUUUUUCCCCUCUACAUAAAAAUCAGUAAGCGAUGUGCUGACACAAUUGGAAAAAAAUGUCAUGCUGUCUCUGUUACUGAGUUUUAAAAUGAAGAAAAAAGAACAUUUGUUUAACAAAAAGUAGAUAUUUUUCCAUGGGAUGUUGAUAUUGGUGGAAAACUAACCAAAAGUUUUAGUGUCUGUCUGUUGUGGAAAUUUAAUGCAAUUAUUCAAAGAAAAAACCAAAAAGCUGCAUGUGCUGGCAUUUUAACUGUUUAAACGUGAGUUAGUUUUUUAAGCAUUCUUCAGUCAGAGUUAUUGAAGGUGUGGGACACAGAAAAUAAUAAUCCGUUUUCUGUGCAGGAUCGGCUCGGGGUCCUUCGACUGCCGAUGACAUCAAAGUAGUUGAUUGGCUGAACAUGAAGCUUACGGAAGUUACGUUGUCAUGUUAUGAUUUUGAUUGGUCAGAACAAGUUUGCGGUCGUAGUCUUAGCGGUUGUAGUCCUGUAGUCCAAAAAUCAACACUUACUGGAGAAAAUAUGUUUGAAUUUCUAAAUGAAAUAUAAAAUAUAAGCAAAUGAUCAACGGUGACCCUCAAAAGCUCUUGAUGGUGAUGAAACGGGGCAAAAUAAAAUAUAAGAGCUUUACUGAAAGACACCAAGCAAUAUUUUGAAUCAAAGAAUGUAUUUAGAUAACAACUAAGGAAAUAUACAGACAAACUCCACAUUAACACAAACAGAUGUGGCUUCACAUAUAAGAACUGUUCUAUUUUUAGUCAGUCUGAUGUUGGUUUUAUGCAGUUUCUCAGUCUUUACAAAACUAAGAUAAUAUGGUGUUUUAUUAACAAAUUACAAUUAUAAAGAAAACAUUUAGGUGUUAACAAACAAGAAUUUACUAACAAAACUGCUGAUGUCUUUCCAAAACGUGUGUGUGAAAGCCGAGUAGAUUUGCAGUCAUGUGACGUCAUCGGCAGUUGAAGGACCCCGAGCCGAUCCUGCACCGACACAGUCACUCUGAGUUUUUGAUGAAGGCUGAACAUGAAAAUAGUCUCCUACACCUAUCUCCUUUAUUAGCUUCUGACAGAAAGUAGACAGUGAAACUCUAGGAUUUGAAAAUCCUGACAGAUCUAUGUCACACUGCCACUUGGCAUUCAUCAUGCAUUCCUCUUAACUCACAACGGGGAAGGCUGUUGUUGGUUUAGCAUCCAGGAAACGUCAAAGAAUGUCUUGCUAGUAGAAGUUAACCAUUGGCAUUAGCAACUCCGCCACACAGCAGAACUCCUCCAGGCUUGUGUUAUUUGUGGAGAUAAAACAUUAGGGUGGUAGGGUUGUGUUGCUGUAAUCCAGCCUGAGGCGAAAUGUCCAAAUGUCAGGAAAUAAGAUUCAAAUCCUGCCAUUCUGAAGCUCUCCUCUGAUGUGGCAGUCUGCUAGAUCCUGAGACAAUCACAUCUGAGCUUUUCUUCCUCCGAGUACAACUUACAUGGCAUUAAUUCCCACUAGAGAGUAGACCACUGCAAAUGUACUGAUUAAACGAGUGUCCCACACAUUUAAGAGCCAUUGUGGCUCCAGAGAUGCAGACCCCUGAUUUCGCCUAAGAUGUUGAACGUGUAAAUGCUUUUGUCUGAGCUUGAACAGAGGUGCUGAGGCAAACCUUUUCAUGUUGUCACUGAGGUAACUCGGAUAUGAAAGGACUUUUGGCAAAAUAUUUAUAUUUUGAAACGUAUUUAGAAGCUUUAAUGGAGUAACUGUAAGGAAAUUGCUGUUAUUAUGUUUUGUAAACUAAAGCUAAAAUUUAGAAAUAAUGAGAGGCAUGUUUGUAGUUUUGUUUUCUUACAAAUGUGCCUCUCUGACAGCAACUGACUGCAGCCUCGCCCCGUCUAAUGCCUGUGUAGAACCUCACCUGCGAACAGGUGAGGUGUGUCAGGUGUGAUGGAGCAGGGAGAGCUGGCUAGAGCCCUCGGGGACCAGGGUGGGAACUGGGAAACCCCUGGUCUGAUGUGUUGGUCUCAUUUCUGCGGAGUCAUGAAACUGUACUGCUCAGGUGGGCGGAGUCUAACAGAUUUCAUCCUAAAACCUCUUGUUCAUUAAUUGAAAUCAGGUUCAUCUGAAACUUUUGGGUGUAAAUUUGUCACUCAGGAGUUGAUCUUUGAUUUCCCAUCAGGUGAAGAUAAAUAGGACAGACUGAUGUUUUAGAGCAUUUUAGGACAUUUUUACUUUUGCAGCCACAGUUUUUCCUAAAUUAUUUGUUGAGAACACAUUAAUAUUCACACUUACCAGAUAAUAAAAUGUAUCAUUGAAACAGAUUUUAAUCGGUUUUAAAUUUUUCUGCUCAACAUCCCACAAGUCUUUGGCUUCAUGAGGAAGAAGAUGUUUUUUUUUAAUCAAAUUUGUAUUUUAAUUCCCGUAUCCUGCUGCAGCUUGUUGUUUUGUACAAAGUUUUUUAAUCUCAACUUUAGACUCACUAAUCCUUCAAAUAAAGGACAAAAUAUUCACAUCAUUACAUUUAAAAUGAAUCGCCGUUUGAUCAAGUUAACUCAUCCUUCUCUUUUCUUUUACCCACUUUUGUGUUUGAGCAUUUUCACACAGGAAAUCUAAAUCUGCUCCAGACAUUCCCCUGCUGUCACUCCUCAUUACACAUUAAUUUCAGGGAACAAAUCCUUUAAAAUCCCCAAAUAUUUCAGAUUCUAGUGUUUUUAUUUGAAUUAUUCCUGGGUUUUCCCCGAUCCCUGGUUGAUCUCAUGCAGAGGAAACAGAAGAUUGUGUUCAUGAAUCUGUGAUGAACUGUUUUCUGACUCUUUUAACCAAAAAUGUUUUGAUCAAUCUUCAGAACAGCUCCUUGCUGAUGCACAUUAAAAAGUUCAUGAAAAGCAGAAAUGUGCGUCAGGAUUAGGAAAGAAGAACCUAUCGGGUUGAAGACCUAAAUGUAAAUGUUACCUGCUCGUUUUUGCUCUGAACUUUUGAGUUUUUCGGAUUUGUUGACGUCAGAUUUAACGACUUUGUUCGGUUUCUGCGAUUUGUUGCACUUUUUACCUUCGGCACACGUUGGCAUACCUCAUCCUUCACUUGUUUCUGUGUCCACACAGACCUGAAUACCUCAGAUGUACAGUGCUGAUAUUUAAGUACAAAUGUGUAUUUUAUAUGUUCUGUUUGUGCUCGGAUGCGUCUCAGAUUUCCAGAAUGGAGCUCGGAGCAGUUGUGUAAAAACCACAUGAUUGAAACUCAGGUUUAACUCGUUUAUGUUUGAAUAAAACGUCCUGACACGUGCGUGAUGGAAACAUUUGCUUUUCUGCUCGUCUACUCGCAUUUUUCAGCACAUAGGUACGGGAGCCUGAUUAGGACAAUGUUACUGAAUAUUUCAGUAGUGUCCUUCCUCUAAAACAUCUUACAAAAUAUUUCGAAGCAUUUUUGACGUUUAAAAAUACACGUGAACUAAAACCGUUUAUAACUUAUUUUUGUGUAAAUAAACAAAAUACAGAAGCAUCAGAAUAUGUGAAAGUAUAAUUAAAACAAAGCUCUUAAAAUGUCAUAUCAGGAACAUUUUAAUUUCAAAAUUAUAAAAUGUGAUUUUUAGAAAUUUUAUUUAACGAUCCUUCAGUUAUGUGGUUUUUACCAUUCAGAGCAGCUGUUGGGGAAACCUGUUUCUUUCCACCUGCAGACAGGUUGUAUGUGAGGUUCCCGCUUGUGAUCAUGUGACAUCUUUAACCAAUCACUGCUCCUCCUGUUGUUUACAAAGCCACGAUGGAGCAAAUUGUGCUGGGCUGAAAGUUGACAAAACAGGAUUAAAGAAAUUAAACUGUAGAGAGUUUUUAACAAAGUGCUUCAGACAUUCUGGAGGAAACCGUUUUAUUUUGAAAGAGCAAAACUAAAAACUGAUUACAGGUAAAGUUGAGAAAAAAACUUUAAAGGAUUUUAAUGAUGGCUCUCGGAGAAGCUGGUUUUAUUUUACAGAACAAGAGUGUUCCAGUAAAGUUAAUUUAAAAGCUGAUUUUAUGCUGAACAAAAACUGUACCUCACUGGAGAGAAACCAUCACAGGGUAUAUUUUAUCAUCGGUCCUAUGAAAGUAUACCAUUUGGCUUCCCAUAGCCUUUAAAAUGUUAAAGAAGUUGUGAACAUAAACUAAUUGUUGUGGUUAAGUGUUGAAUUGGUUUUGGUGUAAAACAUUUUAGAGGUGAAGUAUUUCCUGCCUGAUGCUGCGUUUUCCUCCACUUGUUUUAUGAAGGUCCCCAAUGUUGCAUGCUGUUUAUCGGCACAUCGCUAAACCCUGAUAUCAUGAUUUUACUUUGGUUUCUGAAAAUCAUGUUUCCAUUUAAAAAGAAGACGAUGUUACUGCUAAAUAUCUGUGAGCAGAGUUAACGCAAAGACUGAGGUGAGUUGUAAGAAUCCAGAAAGGUCUAGACCGCCUGAAAAAAUCUUAAGGUCCAGAUUCUGAAAGAGGAAACCAGAGUUGUUCCUCAAGGAGCUGUUCUGGUUCUCUUGUCUGUUGUAAAAAGUAAAAGGGAUGUUUUUGUUUCUAAAAGUUGCAUUUUUCAAUUGUAAAAGAAAAAAAAAAAUCUAUGGACUGUUUCUGCAGCCAAAUGUGAAUACGUUUUCAGUCUUAUUUUUUUUUACUUCACUUAUCUGUUUGUACUUCCUGUAUAAUAUUGAGAUGUGUUUGAGUUCAUCUCAGUGUUUGUUUGAAUUUGAUGCAAUACUUUUAUAACUUUGUGCCCUUUUUGUAAUUCAGCCCUCAAAUGAAAAUGGUUAAUCUGUGAGAUUACCAGUCACAAAGUGGUAAAGACUCGAGACCGUUCAGCCAUCAUCAGUUUGAUGCUUUGUACGCUGAUGAUAGACUGCUUUACUUUCUGCCUGCAUCUGACAUCGCCUGUCACCAUGAUGAUGUAACAAACUCUUAUGAGGGUGUGUUUUGUAAUGACCUGUUUUAGUCAUUGAGAUUGGGUACUUAAGUGUCAAUAACAAUAAAUGUUCACAGUGUA